UGUGUGUGUGUUCAGCCAGCCAGCCAGCCAGUCAGUCAGUCAGAAGCAGCAGGACUAGCAGACGUGCUGCUGGAUCCGAGAAAGUGAGACCACUGCGGGACUCUUUUUGACCUCCACCGCCCUUCUUUCUCACAGACUUUUGCCGGAGUGCAACCACCUUUUGUCCGGCUUUACAGUGCUGCUCUUACCGCUAUGGAUCAUCUACCAACAAGGACCAGACAAGACACGCCGUCUGGUCCUCCACCUAAAAACUUCUGAUAGUCAACUCCUGGACCGUUGCAGGAAAGAUUUGGAGCAUUUUUUGUUGUUUUGUUUUUUGGCGGUUGGCUGCUGGCUGGUGAGCACAUGUGAGCACUAAAGUGAUCUUUUAUCUCUCAUGGGGUGACCCACAAAGAGCUCCUGAGACGUGACGGUGGGACGAGGCCUCUUCCUGCACCUUCCUUCAAGGCCAUGUUUAUGGUCCGGGCGCGCUGCUCAGCACGACCCCGCAGAGUGAAUGAAUCUUUACCGUGAAGCCGCCGUGCUCUGCCAGCCCGUCACCAUGAGGAGCAAAUACUCGCAGUACUACAACCGGACUCUGAUCCCUUACUACUACGUGUUCGCCAAGAACAUGACCAUCGAGCAGCUGGACCAGCGCAACAAGGACAAGAAGGUGCUGACCGACCCCAGCAUCAUCAUCGUGGUCCUGUGCACCAUCAUCAUCCUGGAGAACCUGCUGGUGCUCAUCGCCGUGUGCCGCAACAAGAAGUUCCACUCGGCCAUGUUCUUCUUCAUCGGCAACCUGGCCUUCUCCGACCUCCUGGCGGGCUCGGCCUACAUCGCUAACAUUUUCCUCUCGGGCUCCAGGACCUUCAACCUGGUGCCGGUGCAGUGGUUCAUCCGGGAGGGCACGGCGUUCAUCGCCCUGGCGGCGUCUGUCUUUAGCCUGCUGGCCAUCGCCAUCGAGCGCUACAUCGCCAUCACCAAAGUCAAAGUGUACGGCUCCACAAAGACGUGCCGCAUGUUCCUGCUCAUCGGAGCCUGCUGGGUGAUGUCCAUCUUGCUGGGGGGGCUUCCCAUCAUCGGAUGGAACUGCAUCGACAACCUGCCCGAGUGUUCUGCCGUGCUGCCGCUCUACUCCAAGAAGUACAUCCUCUUUGUGGUGACCAUUUUCAGCCUCAUCCUGCUCUCCAUCGUCAUCCUCUACGUGAAGAUCUACCUGAUUGUACGCUCCAGCCACCAGGAGGCCACCAACUCCCCGGCCUACGCCCUCUUGAAGACGGUCACCAUCGUGCUGGGCGUCUUCAUCAUGUGCUGGCUGCCCGCCUUCACCAUCCUUCUCCUGGACUCAUCCUGCACGAUACAGUUCUGCCCCAUCCUCUCCAAAGCGGACAUCUUUUUCGGCUUCGCCACGCUCAACUCGGCACUCAACCCGGUCAUCUACACGCUGCGCAGCAAGGACAUGAGGAAGGAGUUCCUGCGCGUGCUCUGCUGCUGGGGAGUGCUGCAGAGCGGGCGGCCCGCCGACCGAUGCCUGGUGCCGCUGAAGAGCUCCAGCUCUCAGGACCACUGCACCCACAAACACGAACACCAGACCACGCCCAUCAUGCAGGAUUGUACCACCUGCGUGUGAUGGGAGGGGGUAGCGGAUACAAUCACAAAUUGUAUGAACCCACAAUCAAAUGUCAGCCAUGUUGGGGUGUGACACCACUUUUCCAAACGUCUUCACCAUUUGCUUUCAGAAAUGUGAAAUAUUUCAUGGGUACUCAGAUGGAGUCAUUUUCAUGGAUGCUUAUUCCCCCCCCAAUAGAAGCCAAAAGCAUCAAUGCAAAGCUUGCAAUGUUGCACUUUGUAGAUUGUCCUCCUCAUGCAGGAAGAUUUUAUCAUAACAAUUAAAAAAAAAGAGCCUCUUUUACACAGACAGCCCACAAAAUUGCAGCAUCAGAGCCGCAACAGUAACAUUUGCCUGUGCGUUUCACACAGAACCCACCAAAGCAGGAUGUCGCCACAACUGAGUGCCCUUUUACACAGCCACACUCCAGCUUACAAUCAAAUUUGUCAUGCCUGUUGGACCGGGACAAUUGCUUUCAACACAAUAGGGCAGGUGAAACAAGUAUUGAGUUUGUGAAAUACCCUUGCACACAGGAAGGAACAUUUCCGGGGCGACCUCAGGAAAAAAGGGUUAGGGGUGUGAGAGUCUACAUAAUUGCAACAUCACAGCCAUAUGAGUAACAAUUGCCAGUGCCUUUCACACAGAACCCAUCGAAGUGGGAUAUGGCCCCAAUUAUUAUUUUACAAUCAGGUCACUAUUCAUACUUGUUGGACAGCAACAACUGCUGUCAAAACAACAGGAUGGAUUAUCAGGAAUGUCAGGUGUUAAACUUGACACACCUAAAGCCUUACACACAGGUGGUGUCCCGCCUCUGUUUCGACUCCGACACUACCUCCAAAGUCGGAAAAUUGCCAGCCAACUUCAGGAAGAAAAAAAGUGGUAAAACGUCAAGUAAUGUGAAAGCGGCUUUCACCUGGGAUAUUGCCACAGUUGUGUGAGCUUUCACACAGAUCAUUUACAACCAGAUCAUUAGGUGAGUCACAAUUGCAAUUGCAAUUGCUUUCAACACAACAGUGCAGGAGAAGUGAGUAUCAGGUGUGAAAACAGAAUUGUGAAAUACUCGUACACACAGGUGGCGUCCCGCCCGUUUCUGCUGUGUUACUACUUCCAAAGGUGGAAAAUUGCCGGGUCGACUUCAGUAAAAAGUUGCUGAAGGGGCUUUGACUCAGGAAUCAGGAUAUUUUGUUUACAAUUGUAGCCAUUUUCAGACAGCGACAAGGCGGGAGGAGAGAGUGUCGGGUGUCACAGAAGGUGUCCUGCCUCUGUUUCGGCUGUGACACUGCAUCUAAAGGUGGAAAAUUGCCGGGUCGUUUUCAGAACAAAGGUGGAAAACGUCAGGCAGGAUAAAUGGGGCUUUGCUGCAGUUGUGUGUGCGCCUUUGACACCAUCCCGCCUCUGUUUCGGCUCUGAUGCUACCUACAAAGACAGAGUUGAUGUCAUAAAAAAGGUGGAAAAUGGCAGUGAGCAUAAUAUAAGGGGCUUUUUGUAACAAUAGCCAUAUUAUUUUUGCCAUUUUGUUGCGUUUGAACCACCGUGCAUGGACUUGUCUAGAAAACUAAACCCCAAACAAGUCUGAGGAGGUCAAAUCAAGAUGAGGCUUUUAUAUGCACACCACAGUGGAAAAAUCAGGGCUCUAUAUUCCCUAUAUAACCUUACUUUCAGUAAAAAUCCAUGUGAAUAACCAAAACAAACGUACAUAAUCUGCUUACGUUUUAUGAAUUGUAGCUAACCGUGUAUGAUGUAUUCCAGCUUCCAUCACUAACCCUUCCUCCAUCAUCGGUGCCUCUUUUCUAUCGUUUCUUUUAAGGACAAGCACAUUUCCUCCGCUUUGACUCAUAUUUGUCCUGACAGUGUUGUUAGCAACCUCUCUUGUUUGCGCCGUUCCUCUCCAGGGAAUUUGGCUGAAUGUAUGCAUGAUGAUGACGAUGAAGAAAAAGUUUCGGGGCAGGCGUCCCGUGGUCGACAGUAUUACUGAUCAUCCUUUUUUUGGGGGGGGGGGGGGGGUCACUGACGAGCAGAGAGUGGGAUGAACAGGGUGGCUCACUGUGAAGAAAAAGAAAGAGCACCACGAACAAGAUGAACAUCCUGGUUUCAUUUGCCGGCCAUAUGUCUGCUUUCCAAAGCCUCUCAUAAAAACGUGGGAGAUCUGGUUUCAUGGGGGGGACAAGCAGACCGGGGCGGGGGCUUCCCACCCUUUUCACCCACACCUGGGAGGUCAGCAUCAUCCUCUACAACUUCCUUCUACCGCAGGAAGUCUUCUUUUAGUUCUAUAGUUCGCAUCCUGUUGUUCAGGAUGACACCCCCAUUCUUCCUGUAUGUACUGUACACUUUUUUUUUUUUUUUUU